AUGUUUUUGUUUCCAGCUCGCUGUUUCUUCCUUUUACUCCUCUUCAACUUCACAAACACAGGAAGGGUUCUGUGGAAGAUCAAAGAGCGUUUGCGGGAUAUCCAGCUGCAGGAAACCGAGAAGCAUCUUCUGACGGGCACAGUCACUGGACGUCAUCUUCUCCAACAUGCGCAGGAGGGCAAGAUUCACCAACAGUUAGACCACUUCAACCGACAGGACGGAAACACCUUUCCUCAGAGAUUCUUUGUAAAUGAGGCAUACUGGCAGCGUCCUGAUGGUCCAGUGUUUCUUUACAUCGGAGGAGAAGGGCCCAUUUCUGUGUUUGAUGUCGUGGCAGGUCACCAUGUUGACAUAGCUGAAAAACAUGGGGCUCUGCUUUUGGCUCUGGAGCAUCGUUUCUAUGGCAACAGCAUCAAUCCUGACGGCCUCAAAACCGAGAACCUGGUGUACCUCAGCAGCCAACAGGCGCUUGUAGACUUGGCCAUGUUCCACCAAUAUAUUAGUCAACGCUUCAGUCUGAGCCACAAGAACACCUGGAUCAGCUUCGGAGGUUCAUACGCUGGAGCUCUGUCCGCCUGGUACAGGGGAAAGUUUCCUCAUCUAGUUUACGGGGCAGUGGCCUCUUCUGCUCCUGUCAGGGCUGAGCUGGACUUCUCUGCCUAUAACAGUAUUGUUGGCUCGAGUCUGAUGAAUGAAGAGGUCGGCGGCUCAGUAAAGUGUUUGGCUGAAGUGCGGGAGGCCUUUGCAGCACUGGAAGCAGCAGUGAUGAGUGCCAACAUUAGCCAGGUGGCAGCUGACUUUGGCUGCUGUCAAAUCCCAGAUAAUGAUGAGGAUAAGAUUGAGCUGAUCCAAAAUUUGGCAGACAUCUUCAUGGGAACAGUGCAGUACAAUGAGGAAGGGGUUCUGAUAUCCAUUGAGGAGCUCUGUGAUGUUAUGACCAAUCAGGGUGUGAACAUGACUGCUUACAACCGUCUUGUUAAACUGGCACAGUUCUACUUUUCCUCCAGCAAGGACCCCUGUCUGGAUGUUUCCCAUAAGAAAACAGUGAAACAUCUGAUGAACACCUCCAUCUCCUCAGGCAGGAUGUCAGAGAGACAGUGGAUCUACCAGACCUGCACUGAGUUUGGCUUCUAUCAGACUUGUGAGGAUGCUGCUUGUCCAUUCUCUGGGAUGCUGACCCUGCAGGCUGACACUGAGCUCUGUCCCGUACUGUUUGGCAUUUCCCAACAUUCCCUGCCCAGACGAAUUGCUUUUACCAACUCAUAUUAUGGAGAAGACAACCCCCAUACACACAGGGUGCUUUACGUCAAUGGUGGAGUUGACCCAUGGAAGGCGUUGUCUGUGAUGGAGGACAGGACCGAAUGUGGGGACGAGAGUCAGCUUAUUUUCAUUAAAGACACUGCUCACUGUGCUGAUAUGAUGCACAAAAGAAACACCGAUCGCAGCUCACUCAGGAACGCCAGGAAAGAGAUUGAAAGACAUGUAGCUAGUUGGCUGAAGACGGCAGCCCAAGAGAAGAUGGAGAAAAGAACAUUCUGAUCAGAUUACAUUAUUAUGUGGUCACUUCUUAUCAGGGUUGAUAAAAAGCAGUUAAUAAGAUGGUCUGUCUGCCUGCUCUGCCUCUUCAUCCACCUUCUUCUCCAUUUCCGCCCUAAUAAGACCUCCUGUUAGCCACCUCACUGUUCAUCCAUUCAUCAACAGUCUGAGUGUGCGACGCUUGAUUUUGUGUGUUGUUUUGUGUUGUAUUGUGUGUGAUUUCAUGGCUUAAAGAGUGAAACA